UAGGAGACUCAGCCAUCAUUUAUUGUGGGGGCAUCUUAAAAAGGACAACUCAGAAAAGGGGAAUACAAGAAGAAACCAUUGCCCCCAUCCACAAUACAAAUCCCCAUAUACCUUUUGUAGUUUUUCUACCAUUACAACACAAAAACCUCUCUCUCUCUCACACACACAUUUUUGGACAUUAUAUACUAUCAUAAUCAUCAUCAUCAUAAUAACAAUUAUUUAAGGGAAGGGAGGGAGGGAGGGAGAGAGGGAGAGAAAAAAUUGAAAGAGGGUGAGCAUAUGCUGGUGGGGUCAUGCCCGCAAAUCAUCCCAAAUGAUGUGUUUGGAAGAUUGGAAAAGCAAAGGGAAUUUUUUUUUUAGGGCAAAGAGGGUGGUGAGAGAGGUAGGACUUUUAUAGAGAAGGUGAUUGGAAGCCCAUUGACUCUCACUCCCUCUUUCCUUCACCAUAUUAGCCAAACUAAGGCAUGGGUGUGUGAAAACCACUGCCCAAUCACCAGAGGGGGUGGCAGUGAGAGGUGGGCACCACAGCACACCGUCGGGGCCCCGCCGGAGCGUGGGGUUCACGUGCUGAAAAUUCGGGUGGUGGUCAGCUUUGUCACCAGCUUUAUUAAGGGAAAAAAAUUGAAAGUAGAGUGUGUCAGAGGACAGAGCAAGAGAACGUGCACUAUUUGAAGCAGAUCUGGAUCCACUCAAUCACCCGCACAUACACACCCACCACCCACAAACGCUCUCGAUAAGUUCAGAGGGAAGAGAGAAACUCAAGCUCUCAAAGCUGAGAGCUUUGCACUUCAGUAUCCACCCACAAAGCCAAAACGCAGCGUAGUAGUAGCAGCAGGAGGAGAAGCAAUUGAUGAUGAUGGGUUUUGUGCAGCUGCUGCUGCUGCUGCAACCACUGCAAGCAGCCUAGAAAGAAGGCGGUGGUCUGGCUUUUUCUGAACAAGUGAGUCUGUGAAUGCCCAUCUUGGUAAGAGGAGAGAGACGAUGAAUGGGGCUGGUCACCACUGAUCCCAUCGUCAGAAGAGAGAACCCAGCACCAGAUUUCAUGGGCAAAAGCCGUACUGUCAAGCACAGAUAGAUAGAUUGUUAGUCUUCGAUUUGAAUUUGGAAACAAGGUAGAGAGAGAGAGAAAGAAAGAAAGAAAGCAAACAAGGACAGAUAUAGAGAGAGAAAGAGAACGAGAGAGAGAAAAAGAACCACAAUCACAACCCCCACUCACUGAAAUCACAAAAGGGUUUUUCUCAGAUAAGUCUGUUUUGGAGGGUUGGAGUGGAGUCUACUGCUACUACCAACCCCCAUGGACGCUUAUGAAGCUACCAGGAUUGUCUUCUCCAGGAUCCAGAACUUGGACCCUGAAAAUGCCUCCAAAAUCAUGGGUCUCUUGCUGAUUCAAGAUCACGGUGAGAAGGAAAUGAUUCGCUUGGCGUUUGGCCCCGAAGCUCUGGUUCACUCCGUUAUUCUCAAGGCUAGGAAGGAGCUUGGGAUCUCAUCUAACACUCCUUCUACGCCUUCGACGCCCUCCUCUCCUUCUCCCUUUCUCUCUAACAACCCACUUUCUCAGUCCAGGCAAACGUCUUUCUCUUCUACCUCUUCGCGUCUUCUUGGUGCCGGAGGCCUAAAUCUUCCGUCUCCACUAGCAAUCCCGAACCCUUCGUCUUCAGCUUCCUCUUUUUCCGUUUUCAGCGAUUUUCAGCCUCAAGAUGAUUUGAUAAGUCCCAAUUCUGGUGCUAUUCCAUACACGAAUAGCAACGGAAUUAAUGGAGUAGCGGUUGGGUCGUCGUCUUCUGCCAUGAAUUCUUCUUCUUCUCCGUUCUAUGGAGGCAACGAUUUGAUAGAUGAGUUUCAGCUUCAGGACCAGCUCUCGUUUUUGAACGAUGGGUCACCGACUCUGGGCCCGAAGAACCCAGAUUUAUUCUACUCGCAGCAGGAGUUGGCUUCGAGCCCUGGCGGAGGAAGCGGCGGCGACGCCAUGGGUUUUCCUUCGUACGGCUGGGGAGCGGCAGCAAACGGCCUUCCCCACAGACGUAGUUGCAGCGUGAGCGACAUUUGCUUGGCCUCCGACGACCCGGCUUCUGGGUUUGGGUGGAAGCCGUGCCUCUACUUCGCUAGAGGCUACUGCAAGAACGGCACCAGUUGUAGGUUCCUUCACGGCGGCGACUCCGCCUCCGUAGUGGGUUCGGAGGGCGCAGCCAUGGUGGGGUCCCCCAGCAAAAUUGAGAUGAUGGAGCAGUGCCAUGAGCUACUCAGAUCCAAGUCUGCUCAGCAGCAAAGGUUGGCUGCUGCCUCUCAGAUCAUGGCUUCAGCUUCUUUUCCUUACUCAGCUAAAUGCAUGAACUUUCUUCUGCAGCAGCAGCAGACCGAUUCUCAGAGGGCUGCCGCAGCACUGAUGAUGGGCGAUGAUAUGCACAAGUUCGGGCGAUCUCGGCUCGAGAGGGGCGAAUUCAUGAAUGGUGGAGCGGGAAUGGUGAACCCGGGUUCGAGGCAGAUCUACUUGACUUUCCCAGCUGAUAGUACUUUUAGAGAGGAAGACGUGUCCAAUUACUUCAGCAUUUUCGGUCCAGUUCAAGAUGUGAGGAUCCCAUAUCAGCAGAAGAGGAUGUUCGGGUUUGUAACCUUCGUUUAUCCAGAGACAGUGAAGCUCAUUUUGGCUAAAGGGAACCCUCAUUUUGUUUGUGAUGCUCGGGUUCUGGUUAAGCCCUAUAAGGAGAAGGGCAAAGUCCCGGACAAGUACAGGAAGCAGCAGCAACAGCAGCAGCAGGUGGAGAGAGGGGAGUUCUCAGCAUGUAGUACUCCUACUGGACUAGAUUCAAGAGACCCAUAUGAUCUCCAGCUGGGAGCUAGGAUGUUCUACAAUACUCAGGACAUGUUGUGGAGGAGGAAAUUGGAGGAGCAAGCUGAUUUGCAGCAAGCAAUUGAGCUCCAAGGUCGAAGACUCAUGGGCCUGCAACUUCUUGAUGUGAAGAAGCAACAGCACCACCGUGCUCUUUCCACCGGUGCCCCCAUCCCCUCUCCUACCCACUCACCCAGCUUCUUCAAUCAGCCACUCAUUCUACCUUCAGAUCGCAGCAGUCCAGAAGCUCCGGAAGAGAACUGUUCUAGCCCAGCAACUGCCAUUCCCGUGAAUGCUGUUGCUGCUGAGCAGCAGCAGCAGACAGUGACUACUGCUGCAGAGAAAGAGUUUACAGGAAUUGAUGAAAAUGGCAAUGGCACUGGCAAGGAGAGCUCCCAUAAUGAAGACAGUGAUUUGCCAGAAAGCUUGGAGCACAACCUCCCCGAUAGUCCCUUUGCAUCUCCGACCAAAGGUGCCGGAGAAUACCUAUCUACCUUCUCCAAUGCCUCCAGCGAGGUUGAGAAGAACACCACCGUCUCAGGUUCUCCCGCUGUUAACGGUAACUUGAUCACCUCAUCUUUGCUUCCGGCCACUUCUACGCUUGACAUGGCUUCCUUCAAAUCGUGUUACUUCCAAAUGCCCAGGCAAUUCUCAUCUCUAUCAUGUAUUAUUCUAUCUUUUAGUAGCAGCAGUUGUAUGAAUAUCUGUAAUUCAGCUUUGUACCUUUACAAUUUUCAGGUUCUCCUCUGGUCAUGGGGCCAUUGGAAUGUAGGUUGGAUGCAGCGGGCCAAGGUGCUCGCUUGUGAUUAGCUUCCUAAGCUCAGGUAAAUGAUUUUGAUUUUUCCUCUUCCUCAGAAUCUAUUUUGUUUCCUUGGCAAACAUACAACUUGCGAUUUGUUUGGUUUUUUUAAUGAAGUUGGUUGCUGUGUUUUGGCUGUUUUGUUCAAUAUUACAGGAAGAUUGAGAAGUAUAACCAAACGGAUCCCACAUCAGACACGAUCUGUAGAGAAUCACCAUCACCACCGCCCGACACCUCCACCACCACCACCACCACCACCGCCAUUAUCAUCAAUACUAUACUACUUACUACCAUACAAAUGCAUACGUAAAAGGCAGUAAAGGAAGUGGGUCAGCCAUUUCUCUCUUUGUUGUACUAUUUCUAUCUCUCUCAUUUCUGUAGUAGAAGUUGGACCACAGGAAACAGAAACACAGAAAAUCAUAACAGUCAAUGUGUAGUAGUAACUCUUUGGGACUGUAAUUUCUCCCCCUUCCCUUUCACCAUUCAUGGCUUGCCCAUGAUAAAAGAAGAUACAAAAACCCACAUGUAGUCAUGUUAGUCCGUGUUAUUAGGAGUAUCAAAAAAUCUUUGUACAGAAGAGAAGCAGAAGCAGAUGAUGAAGAAGAGGCAAAAGAGGUGAAAGGAAGUAUAACUACCAGACUGAUUUGAUACCCAUAAAGAGGAAUUGAAGUAAAAGGCCUGAAGGGAAGGGUGUGAAGGUAAGAGAGUCACAGCUCAGUUUCAGUGCAAAAAAAAUGGGAUUUUCUUCCAUUGUUAGUUGCUGUUUAUUGUUGGUGUUAUACACAGUAUCAACUAUUAGAAUUAUCAGACAGAAAGAUGGAAAAAAAAAAAGGUUAAAAGAAAGCAAAAAAAAAGAGUUUUUUUUUCCUUUUCUUUUUUUUUUAAUCUGAUUUAUAGCUCUCUCGCUCGCUCUCCGACGAUGCCUUUAAUUUUAGAAGAAUUUGUCUCCUUGUUGCA